AUGCAGCGUCGUCCUGACUUCACUGGCUAUGCUCAACCGCCGAACACAGCUCAACAUCAGCCGCACGCCCAGCACCAGCAAGCACACCACCCACAGCACCAGCAACACCCACAGCAUCCUCAGCAUGCCCAGCAUCCUCAGCACCAGCAGCACGGGGGCCACGUGCAACAUGCAGCUCACGCGCAACAUGCUCAGCAUCCCCAGCACGCUCAGCACCACCAGUCUCAGCAGCCGCAGCAACAUCACUCGACGCCGGUGCAGGCGUCGAUGAGCAUUCCCCAAGCGGCGCCCGCUCCUCCCCAACAGCAGCCGACACCAACCCCAGCACCGGCGCCGGCGCCCCGAGGACGGAAACGAACUCAUGCCCAGCAGCAACAGCAGCAGCAGCAUCAGCAGCAGCAGCAUACACCUCACCAACAGCCGACUCCUCAACAACAACACCAGCAGCUUCACCAGCAACAGCAACAGCAGCAGCAGCAGCCGGUUCAACACGUCCAGCAUGUACAGCAGCAAGCAGCUCAGCAGCCUCAGGUUCAACACGUCCAUGCCCCCGCUCCAGCUGCUGCGCCCCAGCCCGUUCAACAGGUGCCGGUGACCGCUGCUGCUGCUCCGCCUGCCGCUCCGGUUUCAGCUACGCCUGCUCCGGCCCCGGCACCCGUGGCUGCGCCGCCUCCACAAGCAGCGCCUUCCAUGCCAGCAGCCCCCACACCGACUCAAGACGCCAACGCGGCUCCUGCGCCUCCUCCAGCCAAGAAGAGUCGGACAAAUACGCCGUGGACGCCAGCUGAGGAGCUUCGGUUGAAGCAGAUGAGAGAUGCAGGGAACAGCUGGGCCGAGAUCGCCAAGACAUUCCCCACAAGAACUGAAGGUAGUGUGAAGAAGCACUGGUACAAGGAUAUGCAUUACGCCGAGUUUGCCGAGGAUGAGAGCCAAGCACUUCUUACGGCUAUCAAGGAGUACGAGAACAACAAGUGGAAGACGAUUGGCCAGAAGGUUGGCAAGCCUGCCAAGGCCUGUGAGCAGUAUGCUAAGGAGCACUUCCCGGACCUGUUCCCCAACUCCAAAGGCCGUUAG